AUGUCACGUCGAACUGUAGCAAAAAAACGUCCGGUUGCGCCGGAUCCAGUUUACCAAAGCCGUCUUGUAAGCUUAUUAGUAAGUCACCUUUUAAAGAAGGGGAAGAAAAGUAUUGCUUACAACAUCUUUUAUGCGGCUAUGAAGAAUAUUGCAGAAACAACAUCACAAGAUCCACUUGAAGUGUUACGCCAAGCAGUAUUGAAUAUUACCCCUAAAGUUGAGGUUAAAUCACGCCGUGUAGGUGGGGCAACUCUUCAAGUUCCACUUGAAGUUAAAGCUGAUCGUGGAACUGCUUUAGCACUUCGUUGGUUAUUAAUUGCGGCUCGUAAUCGUUCUGGUCGUAAUAUGGUGUCAAAACUUUCGGCAGAAAUUAUUGACGCAUCGAACAAUACAGGUGCAGCAAUCCGCCGUCGUGAAGAAACGCAUCGUAUGGCAGAAGCGAACAAAGCUUUUGCUCACUUCCGUUUCUAA